AUGCGGGCCGCGGGCGCACCUCUCGCCCGCACCUCGCGGCUGCUGCUUCUGCUGUUGCUCAAGGUCUCCGCUUCUCCUGCCCUCGGGUCCGCCCUUGCGCCCAGGAAGGAAAACUGUCUGGGAGAAAGCUGUUCACCUACACUGAUCCAGCGUCGCAGCAGGGACGCUUGGAGACCAGGAGAUUUUGCAGGAGACCUUCUGCCAACUCGUGCGCCCAGGGAGGAGGAGCAGGAGGCAGUGGAGCGCUCGGCGCCCCCGUGGGACCUACCGGCCGGUCCCGGCGGUGACCCAGGUGUGGGCAGAGGGGCGGAGGCGUCGGCAGCUGAGCCCUCGGGACCUCCGGCUAGGCCACCUGGAGCCUGGAGGUGGAAAGGUGCCCGGGGUCAGGAGCCCCCUGAAACUUUGGGGAGAGGGAACCCCACGGCUCUCCAGUUCUUCCUUCACAUCUCGGAGGAGAAGGAGAAGGGUCCCAGAGGCGCUGGCCUUUCUGGGCGUAGCCAGGAGCAGAGGGCGAGGAAGGAACCCGGAGCCAGCGACCUUUAUUAUUGGCCGAGGAGAGCCGGGAAACUCCAAGAUUCUCCCCACGACCCCCAACCCAAGACGGUCCAUGGACCGUCGGGGCACGAAGGGCGGACGAUUGCACCCCCUGGCAGGGCGCUGGCUCAGAAUGGGUCCUCCCUUGAAGGGGUUCAUGAACGCGGGGGUCCCCGGCGGGGGAACAGCACGCACCCACGCUUGCGACUGAAGAACCCCUUCUACCCGCUGACCCAGGAGUCGUACGGAGCCUAUGCGGUCAUGUGUUUGUCUGUGGUGAUCUUCGGCACCGGCAUCAUUGGCAACCUGGCGGUGAUGUGCAUCGUGUGCCACAACUACUACAUGCGGAGCAUCUCCAACUCCCUCUUGGCCAACCUGGCCUUCUGGGACUUUCUCAUCAUCUUCUUCUGCCUUCCGCUGGUCAUCUUUCAUGAACUGACCAAGAAGUGGCUGCUGGAAGACUUCUCCUGCAAGAUCGUGCCCUAUAUAGAGGUUGCUUCUCUGGGAGUCACUACCUUCACUUUAUGCGCUCUGUGUAUAGACCGCUUCCGGGCGGCCACCAACGUCCAGAUGUACUAUGAAAUGAUAGAAAACUGUUCUUCCACAACUGCCAAACUUGCUGUGAUAUGGGUGGGCGCUCUCCUGCUAGCCCUGCCGGAAGUGGUGCUCCGCCAGUUAAGUAAGGAGGACCUGGGCUUGAGCGGACGAGUGCCCGCCGAGCGCUGCGUCAUCAAGAUCUCCCCCGACCUUCCCGACACCAUCUAUGUCUUAGCCCUCACCUACGACAGCGCUAGACUCUGGUGGUAUUUCGGCUGUUACUUCUGUUUGCCCACACUUUUCACCAUCACCUGCUCUCUAGUGACUGCAAGGAAAAUCCGCAAAGCCGAGAAAGCCUGCACCCGGGGGAAUAAGCGACAGAUCCAGCUGGAAAGCCAAAUGAACUGUACAGUCGUGGCUUUGACCAUUUUAUAUGGAUUUUGCAUUAUUCCUGAAAAUAUUUGCAACAUCGUGACUGCUUACAUGGCCACAGGGGUUUCCCAGCAGACAAUGGACCUUCUUAACAUCAUCAGCCAGUUCCUUCUGUUCUUCAAGUCCUGUGUCACCCCUGUCCUCCUGUUCUGUCUCUGCAAACCCUUCAGUCGGGCCUUUAUGGACUGCUGCUGCUGCUGCUGUGACGAGUGCAUUCAGAAGUCGUCCACGGUGACCAGUGAUGACAAUGACAACGAAUACACCACAGAACUGGAGCUCUCCCCUUUCAGCACCAUACGCCGCGAAAUGUCCACGUUUGCCUCUGUUGGAACUCAUUGCUGA